AAACUGUGGCACAUUAGGAAUUAAUUUAUGCAUGGGAAAUAUAAAUAGAUACAUUUGCUCUUGCUUUGGGGGAUUAAAGCCGCUGCUCUGCCCCCAGCUUUGGUCCCUACCAAAAGCCUCCCAGAUCUGCCACCUUAAAAAAUUUAUGCCAUUUAAGCUUCAUUUUUUUUCUGACUGGUUAAACUCAGUCUCUAUUUAUGCAAAUACAGAUUUUAGAUCUGUACACUACACAACCACGCACACAAAGCCACUGCUAAACCUGUUCUCAAACAGUGUUUGGGAGAAACAACAGGCACAUCCGUGACUAUUUACAGAAGAUAAUGCAGAGGGGAGGGAGAGGGAAAUCCAGACUUAAGGGUUGGACUCCAUCAUCUCCAAGGUAUCUUCCAACCGGAAUAACGCCAAGGCUCUGUAAUAAGGGGAUUCUCUGUAGCAUGGCCAAUUAAUUUCCUGUCUUUCCUUCAAUUAUUCAUCUGCUCCACGUUUCUCAUGGAUCAGAUGGGACUGGCCUAACCUGCUCUGAUGUGAAGACUGCUGGCCCCCUUGGGUUCUCAGGUGUAUGGAUACACACACAUAUAUACACACACGGGUGUAUAGAGAAACACACAGAGGAGCCCUUGAAGGGCUCUUCUACACUCAUAACCUCAUACCUGUUGGUUAUGUUUAACCCUUAGCGCUGCCACUGAUGACCAAAGUUAAUUACUCGCAUCCCAUUCCCCGCCUCCUCUUCCUCGCCCCCAUUUUACCCCUCGCUCACUCAUUCCCUCAUUCACGCUCCUGCCUCCCUCACACUCCUCCCUCACACUCAUUCCCUCACUUACACGGCUCAUUCAGAUUCCUCACUCCCUCACACUUCUUCUCCUCACUCACUCACUCACUCACUCACUCACUCACUCACUCACUCACUCACUCACUCACUCACUCACUCACUCACUCACUCACUCACUCACUCACUCCAGUAGCACUUCCAUCAGUAGCACUUCCAUCAGUAGCACUUCCAUCACCCACUCACCCCCCAUGCCGGUCCUUGGCUCGCUCCGUGCCCGCCCGGCCCCUCACCUGCGGCGGCGAGCGCUGCCCCGGAUGCCGCUGCGGGCGGCGGGCGCUGCCCCGGUUGUUGAUCGCGGCUGCCGGAAGCCGACGUGGCGGCGGCGCGGCGCGGCCUCGGCGGAGCCGCCGGCCGGCAUGAGGGGCUGCGGGCUGCGGCCGCCGAGCCCGGCCCCGGCCCCGCGGAGGGGCUGCGGGCUGCGGCCGCCCUGCCCGGCCCCGGCGCUGCUCUGCGGGCUCCUGGCGGCCGUGGCCGCGGUGGCCGAGGGCGGCCGAGCGCUGCCGCAGCUCAGCGACGACAUCCCGUUCAGGGUGAACUGGCCCGGCACCGAGCUCAGCCUGCCGACCACUGGUGUCUUGUACAAGGAGGACAAUUAUAUCAUCAUGACCACUGUGGAUAAAGAGAAGUACAAGUGUCUCCUGCCAUUGAUAGCCAGUGGCAAUGAGGAAGAAGAAAAGGACUAUAAAGGUCCUACUCCAGGGGAACUGCUGGAGCCUCUCUUUAAGCAAAGCAGCUGUUCCUAUAGAAUUGAAUCUUACUGGACUUACGAGGUGUGCCAUGGGAAACACAUCCGUCAGUACCACGAGGAGAAGGAAACGGGGCAGAAAAUAAACAUCCAAGAAUACUACCUGGGGAAUAUGAUAAUGAAGAACCCGUCGUCAGAACCAGAUCAAGAAGAGAAGGAAAAUUCCAAAGACGGUGCAAAAGAGAUCCCCACAAAGAACAUUGAAGGGCAGAUGACGCCCUACUACCCUGUGGAGCUGGGCAAUGGCACUCCCUGCAGCCUGAGGCAGAACCUGCCCAGGUCCAGCACAGUGAUGUACAUCUGCCACCCCGAGGCCAAGCACGAGAUCCUGUCCGUGGCAGAAGUCACCACCUGUGAGUACGAGGUGGUGAUCCUGACCCCGCUGCUCUGCAACCACCCCAAGUACAGGUUCAGGGCUUCCCCUGUGAAUGACAUCUUCUGCCAGUCCCUGCCAGGAUCCCCACUUAAACCCCACAACCUGGAACAGCUGGAGAAACAGCAGGAAAUGCUGAAGAUGCCUUUUAGGAGGGUUAAGGAGGAAGAAAUGCCUUCAUCGAAGGAAGAGAAAUUCUCUUCCAUCCACAAGCCUGUGGCUGUUGGGAGCCACCAGCUGUUAACGGUGGGGACAACCCACAUCUCCAAGCUGACCGAUGAGCAGCUCAUCAAGGAAUUCCUCAGUGGCUCCUACUGCUUCCAUGGGGGCGUUGGCUGGUGGAAAUACGAAUUCUGCUACGGCAAAUACGUCCACCAGUACCACGAGGAUAAGGAAAGUGGCAAGACCUCUGUGGUGGUGGGUACGUGGAGCAAGGAGGAGCACAUCGAGUGGUCGAGGAAGAACGCGGCCAGGACCUUCUACCUGAGAGAGGAUGGCACCCAGACAGUCAGGAUGGUGUCUCAUUUCUAUGGAAAUGGAGAUGUUUGUGACUUGACAGACAAGCCAAGGCAGGUGACUGUGAAAUUGAAAUGUAAAGAAUCAGACUCUCCUCACGCUGUGACCAUUUACAUGUUGGAGCCUCAUUCUUGCCAAUACAUCCUUGGGGUGGAAUCUCCAGUCAUCUGUAAAAUCCUGGAUACAGCAGAUGAAUACGGGCUCCUCUCAGUGCCCAGCUGAGGACAGCAAAGCCCCCAAGGCCAGAUCCUGGCAUUCCCAUGGGAACAGUGUCUGUGAGCUGACAAAGGCCUCACCAGCACAGCUCUCCAAGCUGAGGGACUCGUGAACCACUUUGUGUAUAACUAUGUGUAUAUAAGAGCUUAUUGAUAAACUUUUAAUGAUUAAAACCUUGUCUUGCA